UUCAGUUUUAAUUUUUUUUUUAAGAAAAAUGGAGGAUGAGAUAAUAUGGAAUGUUCAAAAUGGAGCUACAAAAGAGGUGGAACAGCUUUUGAAGAGUGAUAAUGACAUCAAUAAAAUGUAUAAAGGCCGCACAGCCCUACAUUAUGCUGCUGAUUAUGGUCAAGUCGAGAUGAUUUCUUUACUAAUUUCGAAGGGAGCUAAAGUUGAUGCCGAAGAUUGUUAUUCCAUGACUCCUUUGUGCGCAGCCGUACUUGAAAACCACACUAAGUGCGCUGAAGUUUUGAUAAAAAAUGGUGCCGAUGUCCACGGAAAGACCCCCGACGGCCGCACUUUCUUAGAAGCAGCUAAGGACGAUGAAAUGAAAAAACUUCUUCAAAAUUAAAUCUAUUUUUUUGUGGAA